UAAACUAGCGAGCGAUACUGCAAGACUUCCAUGUUGUUCCCUCGUGGUCAACAAGAUAAUUUCCACAUUCAGUCGAAAUUGAAUAGAUUCUUGCUCAAGUAACCGCAUCAACUCCUAAAUAUGCCACAGAACGAGCACAUAGAGCUCCAUCGCAAGCGGCAUGGCUACCGCUUGGAUUACCACGAGAAAAAGAGAAAGAAAGAAAGCCGAAAGCCCCAUGAGAUGGCAGAGAAAGCAAAGAAGUUACGUGGUCUGAAGGCAAAGUUGUACAACAAGAAACGACAUGCUGAGAAGGUCCAGAUGAAAAAGACCAUCAAAAUGCACGAAGAACGAAAAACCAAACAGAAGAAGGAUGAUGUGGUCCCAGAGGGCGCUGUGCCUGCUUAUCUCCUGGACCGCGAAGGACAGUCCAGAGCCAAGGUUUUAUCAAACAUGGUGAAACAAAAACGGAAAGAAAAAGCUGGCAAGUGGGAGGUGCCACUUCCUAAAGUUCGAGGCGUCAGCGAGGCUGAAGUCUUCAAAGUUGUACGGACUGGUAAAUCCAAGCGGAAAGCUUGGAAGAGAAUGGUGACCAAACCAUGCUUUGUUGGGGAUGGGUUCACGCGAAAACCUCCAAAAUAUGAACGAUUUAUUCGCCCAAUGGGACUGAGGUACAAGAAAGCCCAUGUGACACACCCCGAGUUAAAAGCCACAUUCUGUCUCCCUAUUAUAGGAGUGAAGAAGAACCCCAGCUCCCCCCUGUAUACCUCACUAGGAGUGCUAACCAAGGGCACUGUCAUUGAAGUGAACAUUAGUGAACUGGGCCUUGUGACUCAGGGUGGAAAAGUGGUGUGGGGAAAAUAUGCACAGAUUACAAAUAACCCUGAAAAUGAUGGCUGCAUUAACGCUGUGCUAUUGGUGUAGGGGCUGGGACUGAAGUGGACUUUUAUGAACUGAACCAUUAGAAAUCGGGGUGGAAAAGUGUUGUGGGGAAAUAAAAGAAUGCAUAUAGUAAUUCGAAAGUGACGGUUGCACAUUGGAGCUAAUUUAUUUUUCCUCUGUUAGCAACAAGCACUUGUGUUCUUUCCACUUUAGAGAAAGAAAGACAUUGCCAUUUAUUAUAAGUUUUCUCUGUUUUUCCAAGGUAAGAAAAGAUGAAAAAGUUUUUAAAAGGUGUUACAGAGGGAAACUGUUCUGUAAAGAAUAAAUGUACUAGUACAUGCUGUAUUUAUAAGCAGAUGCUCAGUAUGGUAAUCUUCUGAGUGAAAAAAAUGAAACUUUCAAAAAUGUGGAAACAAUUCUUUUAUUGGCAGAAAUUGCUGUGUUUGGUUAUUUGAUAAAAAAAAAUAGUAAGCUCUGUUCUUUUUCUGUUGGAAUUGGUUAAGAUUGCAAUGUAUAAAGAAUGUUUGAUAUGCUAUUGAGAAACUAAAAUAUAAAAACUUUUUAAAAAAUUGAAAGUA